UCCACAUUACAAUGAAUUAUUUGAUUAUUUUGACUAUUAACUGAAUUUUUUAAAUUGCCAAGAGUCACAGCUUUAGUGUCCUUCUCUAGGGUAAUAAAGUUCAUUGGAGAGGUUGGGCAUUAACAGAAUGUAAACUUUAUGUGUCAUGUUUGGACAAAUCUGUGGUAGGAGUGAGAGUGAGAUCUGUGGUGAUAAGUAAAAGAGUAGUGUGAGAAAAGCAGUACCACUUAUUUCAUAAUGGAAGGACUUAAUCUUUCUUCGAUCAACCAGUCAACCAGUCGACCAGAACUGAUUGAUUUUGAAGGCAUUUCUAUGGUCCGUUACUUCACUGAUGAAUGGGAAAAGGUUCAGAAAUUUCAAGCGAGACCAGAUGAUAUCCUCAUUGCUACUUACCCCAAAGCAGGCACCACUUGGGUCUCCUACAUUUUGGAGCUACUCUAUUUUCACAAUACAUUGCCAGAGAGUCAGACCUCACUGCCCAUCUUCAUAAGAGUGCCUUUCCUUGAGGCAGUCUUUCCUGAGAUGCCUACAGGGGUUGAACUGGCAGAUAAAUUGCCCACCACACCACGGCUCAUCAAAACUCAUCUACCUGUUCAGUUGGUGCCCAAGUCCUUCUGGGAACAGAACUGCAAGGUUAUUUAUGUAGCUCGCAAUGCCAAAGACAAUGCGGUGUCUUAUUUCCACUUUUCUCGCAUGGUCAACUUACUACCUGAGCCAGGAAACUGGAAUACUUUCUUACAGAAUUUCAUGGAUGAAAAGAUGGUGUUUGGACCUUGGUACGAUCAUGUGUGUGGCUACUGGGAGAAGAAGCAGACAUACUCUAAUCUUCACUACAUGUUCUUUGAAGACAUGGUAGAGAACACUGGGCGUGAGGUGGAGCAAUUGUGCUCCUUCCUUGGUUUAUCUACACCAGCAGAAGAGAAGGAAAGAAUUACAAAAGGCGUUCACUUUGAUGCUAUGAAGCAGAAUGACAUGACCAACUAUUCUACAUUCUCACACAUGGACUUCAAGAUCUCACCAUUCAUGCGCAAAGGGAAAGUUGGAGACUGGAAGAAUCACUUCACUGUGGCUCAAAAUGAGCAGUUUGAUGAACACUACUGGCGGAAGAUGAAGAACACAACCUUACAGUUCCACACAGAGAUUUAGGACAGCAAUAUAAUUUACAGUAUAUUACACAGCAGUUUAGUCAAGAUUAUUUUGUCUGCAUGUGCUGUACAUAAUCAGUAAAAGGCAUACUGAAAGGAAUAAUGUGAUUUUUUCCCCAAUAUAUCAAUUCAAAUAAAACUAUUUGAGAAUUGUUCAUUACAUCUGAUUGAAGCAACUCUGUUCUUAGAACCUCUCAGAUAUUAAAUAUGUACAGAUCAGUAACAGAUCAGCAAUGUAUUCAAUCCUAGAAUAUGACUAAACUGCCCUUAUUUAUAUAAAAUGUUUAGUGCUCUAGAAAAAAAGUGGAAUGUCACAAGCAUGCUCAAACAAUAAUCAAAUUCCUUACUCGAUUGUUCUUGUCAUGUUCAUGUUUUAAAAGAAAAACAAUGCUUGAUGAGUAAGCUGUUAUGCUGUUAUGUUAUAUGAAUCUAGAUCCAACCUGUAUGAGCAUUUGUGCCUGAGAUCCUGUGAUGGUGAUACACUUUUCUUAGUGUUUCGUUAUACAUGUUGCUGGUGCCCAGAUGUCUUACUCUGUGAUCAUUUGGUGAUAAAGUCAUGGGUAGGCGCAAACGAAUACACUGUUCAGACUUACACUCUCAAGAGAAGUCUCCUUUCUUGGGCUUUCCUGUAUGUGUGACCAGAAUGGAGUGAAAUAAAGCAGAACUUAAGGGA